AGUCGGCCUGAUAAAGCGACGCUCUCUUAAGGAGUGCCUGUGAGAUCAAACAGUAAAAGGUCAAAGACACGUGUGAAGAAGUUGCGCGAUUGCGUCAUCUCUAUGCUGCAACAUUCAUGUAACAAGUAAAAGUAACAAUUGGGCGAACAGCAAACGCGGCGCCUUUGUCCUGUUUGGAAUCUUGAUACAUUCAGACAAUGGAAGAGGAGAUUCUCGCUACACUGAAGAUUCUAAUUAUUGGGGAGAGUGGAGUGGGUAAGUCCAGCCUUCUACUGAGGUUCACAGAUGGCACAUUUGACUCUGGAAUUGGUUCAACUAUUGGAGUUGACUUUAAAGUGAAAGCCAUGAAAUUUGAUGGAAACAAUGUCAAACUUGCAAUCUGGGAUACAGCUGGACAGGAGCGAUUCCGGACAUUAACACCAAGUUAUUACAGAGGGGCUCAAGGUGUUAUUUUGGUGUACGAUGUCACAAGGAGAGAAACCUUUGGAAAGCUCGACAACUGGCUGAAUGAAUUGGAAACCUUCAGCACAAAACAUGGCAUCGUAAAGAUGCUGGUUGGAAACAAGAUUGAUAAGAAAAACCAUGAAAUUGACCGCAGUGAAGGACUGAGAUUUGCCAGAAAACAUUCGAUGCUUUUUAUAGAGGCCAGUGCGAAAACCUGUGACGGAGUGGAGUGUGCAUUUGAAGAAGUUGUAGAAAAAAUCCUCCAAACGCCAGGACUAUGGGAGGCUGAGGGACACAAUAAAGCUGUGAAGUUAUCUGACUCCGCAUCCAGUCAGCGUGGAGCAUGUGGUGGCUACUGUUCCGUGUUAUAAAGGAACUGGGACUGACCCACUUGUUAAUGCUGUUACUAUGUCAACAGUAGUGCCACUUGGCCUAAAAGGACAGGAAGCUGCUGUCAGCUAGGAUCUCGGGCAACUAAAGUGAUGUGAGAUGAGAACUCUCUGCCUUAACAAAGCCUUUUGCAACACUUUUUUUUGUUAGAACUGUAAUCUCCUUCAAACAGACCAACACAUUAUCCCACUUUAAUUUGGUUUCUGUAUCUUAUAAAUCCAGUGUGUUAUUUUAACUAACCUGUAGAAGGUUCACAUGUAGAAUUCAUAUUGAUCUGCAAGCAUUGCUGUAACAAUUUUUUUUUAAAAAAAGGGAAGGCUGUGAUAUGGUAUGAGUUGUGGGGACCAACACUAAGUGGCUCAUUGUUCCUUCUGAGAUUUAAUAUUUGUGAUUUUUUUUUAAAUGAAGCUUCAGUUGGGACCAAAAAGGAAAGCGAUCUUGUUAAGCUUCAUCUGUGUCUACCAUCUUUUAUGCCUGAUUUCAGGUGACCCUUGGGUAUAGGACCUCCUCCUAACUUUUCUCUUUUUAACAUGGUGAGAAAGGAUAAAUUAGGACUCUGAUGGGCUGGGAGUUGCUGAGUUGAUAGAGCCAUGGUUUCAAUCAAGUCUUGGGACCUUUUCACUGUACUGUAUUCUUCUGUCCAUCUGCAUAAAUACAAAGGUACCUCCCAAUCUAUUGUAGCUCUGAUGCAAAAUCAUCUUUCUGUGCCAUAACUUGUUAAAUGUAUAUUGUGCAAUAAUUUACUCCUAAGUCUGACAAGUAAUUAUCAUAGUAGACAGUCUGCUUAUAAACGUCACUUUUAAACAGCUAUGUUGAAGACUUAUUGUGAACAUGGUGUGUUAUGGCUUUCACUGGAUGCAUGAUAAUACUGAUCUUGCAUUGGUUUGUUUGCAGUAUUAAAUUUAUUUUAAUCUGAAUCACAUACCUGGAUAGUAAGGAUGAAGGUAGAACUAUAAAAAUCUGUUGCAGCAUGAUCUCCCAUCUCUACAAAAUGGCAGCUCUACCAUGAGUGACCUAAUAUGCAGAGCUCUUUAAUAUGACCUAGUCCUUUUAUCACUAGUUUAUUUGUGUUUUAAACUGUUGCACAAGUCCCAAAUAAGUGUAACCUAUUUAUUAAUGUCUUUCCAAAUGUUAUACAAAUAGAUGAUAGACCGAGUUCAGAUUUAAGUGGGUUAACAGUAUUUGCAGACUAUUUUCUUGAAUGGGAAAGAAAUUGUUGUAAGAUGGUUCUCUAAAAGUUCCAAAUGUACUUAUAAUCAGAUUUAUUAAACAGUGACUUAAAAAAAAA